GCUCAGGCCUUUGAUUACCUGCGGGUGACCGUCCAGUCCAAGCAGGCCCGCCUCAGAACCGACCGGUCACUACUUGGAGUGGACAUGGACCCGAGACAGUCGUGCCUAAUGCUCUUGGAGUCCCGGACAACCUAGAGUGUGGCGCCAGCUGUUCCAGAGCUGAGAGAUUGUCCUUUGCUGUGACUAGGUUCACUACUUCAAGCCACCUCGGAGUACAAAGGCAGAAACAUCACGACAUCCGUCUUCCUGUUACAGGCAGUGGGUGCUGUCACAGGCGUGCUAUCAGAGACUGUAAGUGGGUGCCGUAACAUCAGGGUCUGCUUUGACUGCAGAGGGAAGAGAACUCAAGGUCUCGAGAAGAUCCUGUUCCUUUUCUAGUUUUCAAACUGCCCAGACUGAAUUUCACAUAGAAACAUGAAGAGACAGGAGUUUGACUUUCAAAGAAGUUAAUACUAUAUAAUGGCUUCCGUAUUGUCUCAAGCUCCACUGGAAAUGCAGCAAGGAUUCCUAGCACAUCCCAGUUGCCAUAGCAACAGCAGUCUUUCCCAUAAUGAGCUGCAUCAUCUGAACUGAUGUCACAGCAUCAUGCAGCAGGUCAAACAAGGCAUCUCCUAGUAUUGCAUCCUACAGAUGUGCAGUAAACAUCAAAAGAAGACGGUGGGAGCAGGAGAUGCUGUUUUGGAAAGAAGUAAGAUUUAGACUUCUCCAUGUUAACCAUGAGCGUGACACUUUCCCCCCUGAGGUCACAAGACCUGGAUCCCAUGGCUACUGAUGCUUCACCCAUGGCCAUCAACAUGACACCCACCGUGGAGCAGGGUGAGGGAGAAGAGGCCAUGAAGGACACAGAUUCCGACCAGCAGUACGAAAAGCCACCCCCACUACAUACAGGGGCUGACUGGAAGAUUGUCCUCCACUUACCUGAAAUUGAGACCUGGCUGCGGAUGACCUCAGAGAGGGUCCGGGACCUAACCUAUUCAGUGCAGCAGGACUCGGACAGCAAGCACGUGGAUGUGCACCUAGUGCAACUAAAGGACAUUUGUGAAGAUAUUUCUGAUCAUGUUGAACAAAUCCAUGCCCUCCUGGAAACAGAGUUCUCCUUGAAGCUGCUGUCUUACUCCGUCAAUGUGAUUGUGGACAUUCACGCAGUGCAACUGCUCUGGCACCAGCUCCGAGUCUCAGUGCUGGUUCUGCGAGAGCGCAUUCUGCAAGGUCUGCAGGACGCCAAUGGCAACUACACCAGGCAGACGGACAUUCUGCAAGCUUUCUCAGAAGAGACGAAGGAGGGCCGGCUUGACUCUCUAACGGAAGUGGAUGACUCAGGACAGUUAACCAUCAAAUGUUCUCAGAAUUACUUGUCUCUGGAUUGUGGGAUCACUGCCUUCGAGCUGUCCGACUACAGUCCAAGUGAGGAUCUGCUCGGAGGCCUGAAUGACAUGGCCUCCACCCAGGUCAAGGCCAAACCCUUUGACUCUUGGAGCUACAGUGAGAUGGAAAAGGAGUUCCCGGAGCUUAUCCGAAGUGUUGGGUUACUUACAGUGGUUCCUGACACCAUCUCUGCCGACGGCAGUGAAGCAGUUAGUGAGGAGGCGCCCCAGGUAUCUCUUCCGGCGGACAACCAGGGUGGACGCGAGGAAGACGGCGCUUCUGCAGCCGAAGAGCAGCCAGGCCCGACAUCGGGCGUGGCGGCCUCGGUUCAUGCUCUGACGGGUGCUGUCCAAUCUCCUCCUCCGGAGGCUGCGAAGCAAGAGUCCACUUCCUCCUCCCAGCCUGGUGCAAAGAACCAACAGCCCCUUGGCGAGAAUGCCACCCCAAAGCGAUCCAUCCGAGAUUGCUCUGACUAUAAUGAGGAUUCUCCCACACAGCCCACAUUGCCAAAAAGAGGGCUUUUCCUGAAGGAGGACCAUUUUAAGAACAGUCUGAAAGGCAGUGACAGAAAGAAGCAGAUGGCUGAUCUGAAGCCCGAGAUGAGCAGAAGCACCCCCUCGCUGGUGGACCCGCCCGACAGAUCCAAGCUUUGCCUGGUGUUACGGUCUUCCUACUCCAACAGCCCUUCCGCUGCCAGUCAGUCCUACGAGUGUUUGCACAAGGUGGAGGAUGGGAACAUGGAAAACACAGUCCAAAGUCAUAUUAAAGAAAUCUCUUCCAGCCUGGGCAGGCUCAGUGACUGCCACAAAGAGAAACUUCCGCUUAAAAAGCUACACAAGACCUCAGAAGAGGCGCCUCUGUGCCGAACACCCAAGCGGGCAGCUGGUUCGGGCAAGCAAGCUGAACACACAAAGAGCUCAGUGGUACCCAACGGGCUGCCUCCUGGUACUUCCAAGGCCCCAGAGGGACCAGAAACAGAUUCAGCUUCGACCUCCUCCCUGGAGCUGGGUAACCAGAGAAGCCGGAGAGCCAAGCUGCCAGUGCAGUCAGAGACAUCCCACUCACCCCCAUUCACUCAGAGCAGCGACUCCCUCAUCGGCUCAGACAGCUCGUCUCCCGCACCCCUGCUCACAAAACACGGAAGCAAAAAAGAUUACUCCUCUUCCCCAAGUCACGUCACCAGGAACGGUCAGGUCGUGGAGGCCUGGUAUGGCUCCGAUGAAUACCUAGCACUGCCCUCCCACCUUAAGCAGACGGAAGUAUUAGCUCUCAAGUUGGAAAACCUAACAAAGCUUCUGCCUCAGAAACCCAGAGGAGAGACCAUUCAGGAUAUCGAUGACUGGGAAUUGUCUGAAAUGAAUUCAGACUCUGAGAUCUAUCCGACGUACCAUGUCAAGAAGAAACACACAAGGCUGGGCAGGGUGUCCACGAGCUCAUCCAGUGACCUAGCCUCCUCAUUGGGAGAGAGCAUUGAAUCUGGGCCCCUGAGUGACAUUCUUUCCGAUGAGGAGUUGUGCAUGCCUCUCUCUGGCUCGAAAAACUACACUGACAGGAAGUCAGAGACAGCCUCCUCCUCCGAGAAAAACGAGAGCCAUUCUGCUGCAAAAGCUGCUUUAAUUCAGAAACUAAUGCAAGAUAUUCAACACCAAGACAACUACGAAGCCGUAUGGGCAAAAAUAGAGGGGUUUGUCAACAAACUAGAUGAAUUCAUCCAGUGGUUACACGAAGCCAUGGAAACCACUGAGAAUUGGACUCCCCCUAAAGCAGAGACCGACGGCCUUAAACUGUACCUGGAGACGCACUUGAGCUUUAAGUUGAACGUAGACAGUCACUGUGCUCUCAAGGAAGCCGUGGAGGAGGAAGGACACCAACUUCUCGAGCUCAUUGCAUCCCACAAAGCAGAAGGCCUGAAGGAUAUGCUGCGGAUGAUCGCCAGUCAGUGGAAGGAGCUGCAGAGGCAAAUCAGACGGCAGCACAGCUGGAUUCUGCGGGCUCUGGAUGCCAUCAAAGCCGAGAUCCUGGCUACUGAUGUGUCUGUGGAGGAUGAGGGAGGCACAGGAAGCCCCAAGGCUGAGGCUCAACUAUGCUACCUGGAAGCACAAAGAGACGCUGUUGAGCAGAUGUCCCUCAAGCUGUAUAGUGAGCAGUAUACCAGCAGCAGCAAGAGAAAAGAAGAGUUUGCUGAUAUGUCAAAAGUUCAUUCACUGGGAAGCAAUGGGCUUCUGGACUUUGAUUCAGAACAUCAGGAGCUCUGGGAUUGGCUGAUUGACAUGGAGUCCCUGGUGAUGGACAGCCACGACCUGAUGAUGUCAGAGGAGCAGCAGCAGCAUCUUUACAAGCGAUACAGUGUGGAAAUGUCCAUCAGGCACCUGAAAAAGACGGAGCUGCUGAGUAAGGUUGAAGCUUUGAAGAAAGGUGGCGUUUUACUACCAAAUGAUCUCCUUGAAAAAGUGGAUUCAAUUAAUGAAAAAUGGGAACUGCUUGGGAAAACCCUCGGAGAGAAGAUCCAGGACACAAUGGCAGGGCACAGUGGGUCGGGCCCACGUGACCUGCUCUCUCCUGAAAGCGGAAGCCUGGUAAGGCAGCUGGAGGUCAGGAUCAAAGAACUGAAAGGGUGGCUAAGAGAUACAGAGCUUUUCAUCUUCAAUUCCUGUCUGAGACAAGAAAAGGAAGGAACAAUGAAUGCUGAGAAACAACUGCAAUACUUUAAGUCCCUCUGCCGGGAAAUCAAGCAGCGUCGCCGAGGAGUGGCCUCGAUCCUGCGAUUAUGCCAGCAUCUCCUGGAUGACCGGGACACCUGCAAUCUGAAUGCAGACCACCAGCCCAUGCAGCUGAUCAUCGUAAAUCUUGAAAGAAGGUGGGAAGCCAUUGUCAUGCAAGCCGUCCAGUGGCAAACACGGCUACAAAAGAAGAUGGGCAAGGAAUCUGAAGUUCUGAAUGUGAUUGAUCCUGGCCUGAUGGACCUAAAUGGCAUGAGUGAGGAUGCCCUGGAAUGGGAUGAAAUGGACAUAAGCAACCAGCUAAUUAGUUUGAAUGAAGACUCAAAUGACCUUGACCAAGAACCCCAACCUGUCCUGCCUUCCUUGAAGCUUGAAGAGACAAGUAGUGAGGACCCUGGUUAUGAAGAGGAGGCAGGUGACCACGGGGGAUCUCAGUAUGCCACCAAUGUCACCGCCCCCUCCAGUCCACACAUUUACCAGGUGUAUAGCCUACACAAUGUUGAACUCUACGCGGACAGCCACGUGCCAUUUCUGAAGAACAACCCGAAGUUCGCUGGCAUGACACAGCCCAGUGUUUUAACCAAGAGUCUCAGCAAAGACUCCUCAUUUUCAUCCACCAAAUCUUUGCCAGAUCUUCUAGGGGGCUCCAACUUGGUAAAGCCCUGCUCAUGCUAUGGAGGAGACAUGAGUCAGAAUUCAGGCAGUGAGAGUGGAAUCGUCAGUGAAGGAGACACUGAAACCACAACCAACUCUGAAAUGUGUUUGCUCAAUGCAGUAGAUAGGUCCCCCAGUAACCCUGAAACUGAACAUCUGGACCCACAAAUGGGAGAUGCAGUUAACGUGUUAAAGCAAAAAUUUAAAGAUGAGGAGGGAUGCAUUAAACUUCCAAAUAGCUCUCAGUCAUCCAUUUCACCAGUGGGUUGUGUAAAUGGAAAAGUUGGAGAUUUAAACAGUGUUACCAAACAUACCCCUGAUUGUUUGGGAGAAGAAUUACAAGGAAAACAUGAUGUGUUUACAUUUUAUGAUUACUCAUACCUCCAAGGCUCAAAACUCAAAUUACCAAUGAUAAUGAAACAGUCACAAAGUGAAAAAGCACAUGUGGAAGAUCCCCUUCUUCGUGGUUUUUAUUUUGAUAAAAAAUCCUGCAAAUCUAAACAUCAGGCUACAGAGUUACAAUCAGAUGCACCUCCCCAUGGAAGGAUCUUGGGAAGUGCAUCCCAUGAAAUGGAUCGCAAUUUGUAUAAAAGUGGUGAACUAGAGAAGACACUCACGGGCAUGCACAAUGCCAAACAGCUCUCCCUUGUGUCUCGCAGUUCAUCUAUUGAGUCCGUUUCACCAGGGGGGGAUUUAUUUGGAUUGAGCAUCUUUAAAACUGGCAGUGACGGCCUCCAGCGAAGCACUUCGUUAGAAAGUUGGUUGACAUCCUAUAAAAGCAAUGAAGAUCUUUUCAGCUGCCAUAGCUCUGGGGACCUAAGUGUGAGCAGUGGUUCAGUUGGUGAGCUGAGUAAAAGGACAUUGGAUCUCCUGAAUCGUUUGGAGAAUAUCCAGAGCCCCUCGGAGCAAAAGAUGAAGCGAAGCGUCUCUGACAUCACUCUCCAGAGCAGUUCCCACAAGAUGUCCUUCACUGGCCAGACGUCCCUGGACAUGGCCUCUUCCAUCAACGAAGACUCGGCGGCGUCUCUCACAGAGCUGAGCAGCAGUGAUGAGCUCUCUCUUUGCUCAGAGGACAUUGUGUUGCACAAGAACAAGAUCCCAGAGUCGAAUGCAUCAUUCAGGAAGCGCCUGAACCGCUCGGUGGCUGAUGAAAGUGAUGUCAAUGUCAGCAUGAUCGUUAACGUCUCUUGCACUUCGGCUUGCACGGACGACGAAGACGACAGCGACCUCCUCUCCAGCUCUACACUCACCUUGACGGAAGAAGAGCUGUGUAUCAAAGAUGAAGAUGACGACUCCAGCAUCGCCACAGAUGAUGAAAUUUAUGAAGACUGCAACUUGAUGUCAGGGCUGGACUACAUAAAGAACGAACUGCAGACCUGGAUUAGACCUAAAUUGUCCUUGGCAAGAGAUAAGAAACGGUGUAAUGUCAGUGAUGAAAUGAAGGGCAGUAAAGACGUGAGCAGCAGUGAGAUGACCAAUCCCUCUGAUACCCUGAACAUUGAGGCCCUCCUGAAUGGCUCCAUAAAACAUCUCUCUGAAAAUAAUGGAAAUGCUAAGAACGCACCCCAUACCUGUGAGUUAGGGACAAAGGGUGAAAAUAAGAAAAACAUUUUCAAAGUUAAUAAAGACCCAUAUGUGGCAGAUAUGGAAAAUGGCAACAUUGAAAGCACUCCAGAAAGGCAAAAGGGCAAACUGAAUGGGAUUGCAAAGGUAUCAGAAAAUCUUGGUUCCAAUGAGGAAAGGAUCUCAGAGAGUGAACCCUGUAAGUGUUCAGCAUUAAUGGAUAGUUCAGGUGGUUCAAGUGUUGCCGGAAAGGACUUUGUUCCCCAAACUGUCAGCCAUCUUUCAAAGAAAUGUCAAGAUCACCACCAUUUUGAAAAUCAAAGCGCUGAUUCCACUCCUACGGAGCAGUCUUGUCCAGGACUAGCUUUAGAAAGCAGAGUUAACAACAGACAAGACUGUGAUGUUCCAAAAUCUUCAUCUAAUGACACAUCAAGUUCGGCUGCAAAAUCUGCUGGCUGCUGCCUUGCACUUGAACAAAACGAUACUGAAGAAAAUGCUUCUAUCAGCGAUGGCACUUCCUGUUGCAACUGUGAGACAGAUGUUUUCCAUCAAAAAGAGGCUGAAGACUGCUCAGUACAUGACUUUGUGAAGGAAAUCAUUGGCAUGGCUUCUACGGCCCUAAAAAGUAAAUCCCAACCUGAAAACGAGGUGGCUGCUCCCACUUCAUUAACUCAGAUCAAGGAGAAGGUGUUGGAGCAUUCUCACCGACCCCUCCAGCUGAGAAAAGGAGACUUUUAUUCCUACUUGUCUCUCUCAUCUCAUGACAGCGAUUGUGGGGAGGUCACCAACUACGUAGACGAGAAAAGCAACACUCCAUUGCCGCUGGACACUACAGACUCCGGCUUAGAUGAAAAGGAAGACAUUGAAUGUUUCUUUGAGGCCUGUGUUGAGGAUGACCAUGAUCGAGAGGAGCCCUGUUUCUCAAGUGCUCCUCCCAGUGAAUCCCCAGUUCCUGAGAAAGCUGCAGGGCCCCUACAAGCUCCAGCAAGCUCUUCUAAGACCAGGGAUCCUUGUCUCUUAGCUGAUGGUGCAGACACGUUGGCUCUUUCAAGGUCUCCCCCUCAGAAAGAAAUGAGUGUCAGAAAGGAAGUGGAUGGUUUACCCCAAACUUCCAAAAGCGACACAGAAAGCUCAGAGCUGACUUCUUCAGGACGAGGUGAUGCAAAGGAGAGUGCAGGAAAAGCAAGUGCAUCUGGAACGCUAGAAGAACGUGAUGCCACGGCAGCCAGAUCUGAAGUUGGAGACCUCUCCUUGCAAGAACACCAGACAAAAGACAAGGCUGCUUUGCCUCCCAGCCCCAAAGCUUUAACCUGUAAAGAAAAGCUUAUCAACCUUCAUGAAGAACGACACAGAAAUAUGCAUAGAUAGAAUGUGUGCCCCCAGCAUGAAAAUCAUCUCACGAAAGAUAAGCCUGGCUGCAUCUCAGGGGUGGCCCCAUCCUCCUGCCCUGGGCUGGUCUCCGGUUGCAUCCCGUUGUCACUGCCGUACGUUACAUGGACUUCCCGAGAUGAAGCUUCCUCCUGAUGCUGUCUGUCCACUGAGCCUUGGGACCCGGAUGCGCGCGCCGGUUCUCCUAGGUGACCGUCUUUGAAGCUGAGCAGAGCUGCUCAUUCCUCCCGUGGAGCCCCCGUCCCAAGCUACCUCUGCCACCCACCCCCUCCUGCCAGCCACUUCUGUUUGUCUCCUCUCCCUACCCCAUCUGCUCUUUAAACUUCUGCAGUUCACCGAAUUGAUGGUCCAUGCAAUUCACUUGUCUGGAAUGCCCCCACCCCACCCCCCGGUUCUUAACCAAGUUCAUGUUUCAGUAUGGAUAUGGUUCUGGUGUGACGCCUGUGUGUAUUGAAAGAGGUUUACCUCGAAAGCCAGCAUUUGAUUUGAUUGCAGCAUAGAGAAGAAGUACUGGUUCCUCUCAAAUUAAACAACUUUUAAAAGCGCCAUUUUAUUUAUUUUAUUUUAAAAAUAAUCUAUGCAGCACUUCAAGAAAUAGCUAUAUGGUGUUGUAUAUUAUAAACUGGUGAUAUUCUAUUAAAUUAUAUAUGUUUUGUUUUUUAUGCUUCUUGAGGUGGUAAUGAGAAAAAAAAGUUUUUUAAAAAAGUGUGCCUUGCUGUAUUUCUUAUACCAUUUAUUUAAAAAGCUGCUUUCAUGGUAAAAUUCUGUUGGUUUGAAAGGAGGAAAUAGCAAGGUUAAGAUGUGUGAAUAAUUUCUGUAUAUAUGAAUAACCAACUCCGAACAUUGAUGUAUAAUGACAGUAUAAAACGCUUUCAUGUUUGUGAUGUCUAGUGAUGUGGAAAAUAUAAGCCUUAAAUCUAUUAGAUUGCAUGGUAAUUAAAAUUGGCAUAAUAAACAUAGUUUAUUGGGGGAAAAGGAAAAUUAGUGAUCUCUUCUACCUGUGUUCUUUACCAGACUGUUGCAUCCGGUUCUGAAAAAAAUGUAACCUGUAACAGCUUCCAAAAUAUCCAUAUUGCGUAAAAGGCUUAACAUUACUUAAACUGGAGACUAGACCUGAAGCCUUUACAAUUUUCUCAAUCUUCUGGUCACUGUUAAGACCUUGGAACAGCAAAUGAUGAAACAUCAGUUCACUUCAACCAAUAAAAAUUUAUAUUAGAUUUUCAAUUUCUACUCAUCAGGCAUAAUGUUGGCUUUCAGGUUAAUUUGUAUGUCUUAAUUUAUUUAACAUUUUUCAGAUGGGUUUGAUAGAAGGUUGGAAGAAAAGUAUUGAAAAUUGACUGUUAUUUUGAUUUAGUCUAUAGGCUUUAUACUUAUUUAUUUUGUAGCAAAGAAAUUAGCAGAGAAAUAUUCCAUUUGGCCUUUACUGUCUCUUAAAUGCAAUUUUAAAUUUCUAUCCUAACGCUUACUAAAGUGCCUGGCACACAGUAGGUAUUCAAUAGAACCAUACUGAAUGCAGCUAUUGAAUUAGAUGACACAGAUGACAUCCAUCUCUCGACUUUAAAAGCCCUACCGGCAAACGUGGGCAUAAUGCAGUAUAAAGUUCCACAGCGUGUAUCAAAAUUCAAAAAGUAGAGAGAAUGUCGUGGAAUCCUGUAGGCACAGAAAUGACAAUCAUUCAUUCAACAGGUAGUUUGUAAACACCUUUUAUCUGCCAGCUGUGAUUCUAGAUUCAGGGAUGCAGCGAUGUACAGACAGAGGCCCUGUUCACCAAGGCUUGCCUACAUGAGGCCUGAGUGAACGCACAAGCGACACGUGGUAGUUGUCUUGGAGGUGAGGAAGAGUGGAAAUGUAGCGAGAAAGGCACCGAGAGAGCAGCAGUGAGGCACAAGGAGGAAGAUGAAGGGUUAGGAGAGACUUAGACAAUAGAAUAUUAGCGGAGCUCUACUGCAGAGGUAGUAGGAGAGAAGGAAAAUUGAGAGAGCUGAUGGAGAAUCUUUUCAAGUUAGGCUGGAGCUUUGGUCUGUAUUAUGCUAAGUAGUAAGGGAACGGGGUGGAGUCUUUGUUUUGCACUUGAUUUUAAUGUUAGAAGUUUCUUAGUACCACACCAGGAGCAUUUAAACCAAGCGUAUCUAUAAUCCUACCACUUUAAAGGAUAUUGGUGCCAUUAUGCCCCUUCUAAUCUUUUCUAUCCAUGUUCCUAAAUGGAUGAAUCAUUGUAGGCUUUUGAAUAGGUAGUAAUUUGUUCCAAAGGGAUUUUAGGUGGGCAUCUAGUUGCAGUGUUCAAGAGGAUGAUGGGGUGGGGGGGAAGAGAUUAGAGAAAAUUGUCUAGUUAGGAGGCAGCUGUAGAAAAAAGCUAGGUUUGAGAUGCUAACAGAGUACACAGGGGCAGUGGCUUGGGAGGUAGGGAAAGGUCCAAUCCUGGUCUUCGAAGAACCUGAGAGUGUUCUGGCCUUCUGCUGGAAGGUGAUCUUACUCUGCACACUCAGACACUCUCUGUUGUCCCUGGGGAGCAACUUGCGUGAAGUCUACCUCUGUCAGCAACACCUCCACAGGAAACACUGCCCACGAUGUUCUAUUUCCCUGUUAUGUGCCCAUGAAAGACCUUGCGGCACUGGAAGCGUUUACUCAUUAUCUGCUUAAUACCAACACCAAAUUUGUAGAACCACCUUCAGGUUUAUGGAACCGUGUCUUUUCAGAUUGGAAAGGAUGGAGUAUCCUCAAUCUCUCACCGUGUUUAGAUGUGACCCUUAAAAAAAGUCACGCCAACUCUUGCUCCACACUUGCAGCCACAGUGGUUCGUUCUCUGGGAAGGCCGGCUCUUCCACUGUGGGGCACGUCUCUUUGUCAGGAAGUUCUUUCUUAGGUUGCUAAAGUCUGCAUAGUGCCUGGACCCCGUCUAUAGUUUGGCUCGCUGGUCUUCGCUCUCUUCUGGAGCAGCUCAGACUAUUUCUCCUUCCUCUUUCCCAUGGCAGCCCCGAGGAGGGUCGAGGCCAGCGAGUCAUCUCACCGUCAGCUGCCCUUCAUGGUUUUCACAUUUCAACCGACUGAAUGUUAACAGGCAGAACCCUUGAAACUGGGGAGCUGUCUUCAUCAUCAUACAUGUAGAGAAGUGCUAAGCUUUCUCUGAGAAUAUAUUCAAGAUAUAUGUUUAUUCUAUUACUGUAAAUUUCAAUAAAGAAAUAAAGAAUCCGCGACUUCGUUCAGUGGCCCAUUCCAGUGCCAGAGUCAUCUUGAAUUUUUUCUUACGUUGAAUCCAAACCUCACGUGUAUCCCCGUAACGCAGGAUCCGUCAUCCAUGAAUAUACUCAUUUGUUCAUUCAGUCAUUCAACAAACAUUCAUUGAGUUGCUACUGGUGUGAGCCGCUGUGUUUGGCAGUAGAUAGACAAAGAUGACUAAAACAUGGUCUUUGCCUCCAAAGAAUUUAGUUUUUCUUCUGAGUGCCUUUCAUAUCCUUGAAUAGAAUUAUUAUGACUUUUAUCCAGAUUAAAUGAUGACCCCAUUUACUUUGGCUCUUCUCCAGUUUCUCUGUUUUCAAAAACCCACUGAGUAAACUAGUAUGCAGAAUGGUCUGAGGGUGACUAUCAGAACUGACUUGGUUUUAAUUCCGGGGGAGAAGUAUGUUUCAGAUUUUUGAUCAGCUGAAAAAAAAAAUGCUUCUUAUACAACAAUAGAACAAUCUAAAUUUAUAACUUCUGAUUUUCUGAGUUUGAUGAUUUAAUUGUAUCAUUCAUCCUGCUUCAGUUUUACCUGUUGUAUAACUCAUGGAACAAACUAGAUGAAAAAUUAAAGCAGUGAAAUGAUCUAGCAAUUUCUGAUAAGUCAAAUUGUUUUCAUUUACAAAUGAAGUUGGAAUUAUUUUAGAAUUUUAAAGUGAUUUUUCAAGUACCAAAUAAUUGUUAUAUUUCAAAUGUAACUUGACCCAUCUAAAUUUAGUUAUCUUUUUCCCCAAUUUUAUUUUGAUUAAGUUCAGAUCUAUAUAAGUUUAAAGAGUAGUACAAUAACAUUUGCAUACUCAUCAUUUAUUCAUUUUAAUUGCUUAUUAAUUUUGCCACCUUUAAUUGACCCCCCUACACAUACUUUUUUACAUGGUUGAGCCAUUUGAAAUGAUUCAGUACAAUAUUUCAUUUAAAAACACUUCAGCGUAUAUCACCUGACAAGAGCAUUUUUCUACAAGUCUGCAAUACCAACCUCACACUCCAGAAAUGUCACAUUGAGAAAACAAUGUUGUCUGACGAUGAGCCACGUUCAGAUUUCUCCAAACAGCCCUGAAGUAUCCUCUCGCAGUUUUCAUUUUAAUCUAGAACCCAAACAGAGAUCCUACCUCUCUCAUUGUUUCCAUGUCCUUUUCAUGUUGAACAUUUUCCCUGGGCUUUUUUUUCUCUCUAUUCCUGUGGUCUUUCUUGACGCUGACAUUUUGGAAGAAUCCAGGCUGUUUUUAAAGAAUGUUCCAUGAUGCGAUGCGGAUGGGCCCAGUUGCUUUCUCAUUAUUAAACUCAGGGUAGACUCGUGCCAGCUGUAGUAUGCAAGGGACGUUGUGCUCCACAGCCGCUCUGUAAUGAAGUGUGCAUGACUUAGGAACCUCCUGAUAUUUCUUGAAGUUCAUGGCUUAUUUGUACAGCUCGUGCUCCAUUAGUCUGAGGCAGGGCUCAGCACGCUAUGACCCCUGGGUCAAAUCCAGCCCACUGCCUAUUUUGGUUAGACCAAUGAACUAAAAAUCAUUUUUCAUGUUUAAGUAUUUGGAAUACUUCAAAAGAAUAUUUCAUGACGUGGGAAAAAUUACGUGAAGUUUAAAUUUUGGUGUUCAUGAAUAAAGUUUUAUUUGAACACA